AUGGCGAUAGAAAUGCUGCUGAGUCCGGAAGGACUUGUUUUUCUCUCCACCCUAGCCAUUGUCCUUUGGGGGCUCAAGACCUUCACCGGUAGUGGUACAAAGGGUAAACAGCCGCCAGGACCUUCAGGCAUACCAUUCUUUGGAAAUCUUUUUCAGGUCCCACCUUAUCAUUCAUGGCUCAAGUUUAAGGAAUGGUCCGAUGAAUUCGGACCGAUCGUCCGCUUCAGCAUGGCCGGAAGCGAGAACGUCAUUCUCUCGACGGAGGCUGACGCCAAUAAUCUCUUGCGAGAACGAGGCACCAAAUAUUCCUCUCGGGCAUAUCUGCCAUUUGCGACUGGCUUGCUCUCAGACAAUCUCCGCCCGUUGCUGCUACCAUACAACGCCGAAUCUUACCAGCCAAUUCAAGAUAUAGAAUCGAAGAGACUACUGGCACACUUGCUAAAACAGCCAGCGCGGUACGGCCAUUGGUUCGAUUUAUAUGCCUCCGGUGUGGUCUUCCGGGUUGGGUUUGGUCAGUGGAUCGAAACUGGCGAAGAGUCUGUGGUGAAAAGAAUCGUGCAGGUCAACCAUAAUCUCGAACGUGCUGCAUCACCAGGGAGCUACUUGGUGGAUACCUUUCCUAUAUUGGGAUAUAUUCCUAGUAUACUCGCACCCUUCAAAAGAGAAGGGAAACGGCUCCACGACGAAGAAUUGAGUCUAUUUCGUGAACUGCAAUCCGACGUACGGACACAAAUCGCCCAAGGAAAUGCAACCAAUUCGUUCACACGCACCUUUUUGGAACACCAAGAAGCCUUGCGUCUCUCUGACGACGAAGGUGCCUAUGUGGUUGGGACCAUGUUUGAAGCCGGGAGCGGUACAACCUCUGCAGCAAUGCAGUCCUUCUGUCUUGCUAUGUGCCAUUUCCCAGAUUGGCAACAGAAAAUGAAAGAGGAACUCGACCAGGUCGUUGGCGACCGAAUGCCUGAAUUCACAGACAUAUCUAAUCUGCCCACCGUUCGCGCUGUUAUCAAAGAAGUCCUUCGCUGGCGACCCGUCACUUCAGGAGGAGUGCCGCAUCAGUUGAUCCAGGAUGAUGAGUAUAACGGAUAUCACUUUUCGAAAGGCACUGUGUUCCACGCCAAUCAAUGGGCUAUCCAUCGCGAGCCCGAAUUAUAUCCAGACCCAGAAAGCUUCAGGCCGGAGCGGUGGUUAAGCCCUGAUUUCCCAACAACUUUUCAAGAGCCACUGACCAAGUUCCCUAACCUGCAAAAUUUCUCUGCGUUCGGCUUCGGACGACGUAUAUGCCCGGGACAGAACAUCGCCGAGAGCUCGUUGAACAUUCUCACUGCUCGGAUCGCCUGGGCUCUAAAGCUUAGCAAGAAGAAAGAUUCCCUCGGUAACGAUCUACCAUUGCCGCUCUACGACUACACUCGCGGCUUCAAUUCUCAACCCAACCACUUCGAGUUUGAUAUUGCACCCCACAGUCCUCAAAGAGCCGAGCAGAUUCUUGCAGCUCUGAAAGAAGCCGAGGCAAGCAAGAGUCGAUAA